GCAGCGCUCAGAGAGGAGCGGGAGCUUGGCCAGUGUGCGCGUGGAAAAAGUUUGGCCGCCUGCGACGGGCCCCCACCACGGGAUGUACCCCGACGACGCCAAAGCAGGGAUGAGCUUGGGCCUAUUCUUGGAUUUUUGUGUGUCGAAUCCGGCACGAGAGCCUGUAUCUUCCCGUCUGCGUCCGGCCCCAGAUCAUGCUGACGACACCUCCAACGCCAGCAAAAAGCCUCACAUUCGAUCCAGCGCAUUCAAACACCUGAAGAACGAAAGUUGCGUCAAAAAUGGGGAAGGAUUUGCUAUUGCGGUGUCUCUACAAGACGGAACAAUCAUCUACGUAUCUGGCUCCAUCACCUCUCACCUUGGCUAUUCAAAGGAUAUGCUCCUCGGUCAAUGCAUAAUGAACUUUCUGUACCCCCGCGACCGCAUCACCUUCGCCAAUCACCUAAGUCAUGGCCUCAACUCUUGGUUCAAUGAGGAUGCCAAAGGUAUUUGCCACAACCGAAGCCAGAGCACCUUCCUAUGCAGAUUCAGGCAAUACCAGAGCCUGAAAUUCGGCUACGGCAUCUCGGACAAGAAGGUGCAGUACAGGCCCUUCCAGAUGUCCGUCUACAUCAAGGACGCCGCCAACGGGGACGACGUCAGCGUCGAGAACGCCUCCACCGCCAUGUGCCUCGUCGUCACCACAGUCGCCAUAAAGACGGCCUACAGGGUGCCCGCGGAAACUCCCGCUAUGACCUGCUUUUCCACACGCCAUACUGCAUCCUGCCAUUACAGCCACGUUGAUCUCAGUGCUGCAGUCUACCUUGGAUAUUUGCCACAAGACAUGCUGGGCCAUUCGGUGUUCGAUUUUUACUGUCCGGAAGACAUGGAGCUGCUGAGGGACAUUUACGACCUGGUGAUGAAGGAGCAAGGCCACUCUUUCAGAAGCAAGCCGUAUCGUUUCAGGGCACUCAAUGGAUGCUUUAUUAAACUCGAGACAGAUUGGUCCUGCUUCAUUAAUCCUUGGACGCGCAAGCUGGAGUUCGUGGUCGGCCAGCACCGGGUUGUCGAGGGUCCGAGGAACCCGGACGUGUUCACAGAGCCAUCACCCGGUGACAUCACGGGGGCCCAGCCUCUGACCGGGGAAGCCCUCAACAACAACAGGCUCAUACAGGAACAGAUCAAGGACAUCCUCUCCCAGCCCGUGAAACCUCGAGAAAACAACAACCUGCGGCAGCGAUCCAACAAGAGGCGAAAAGAGCUCGCAUCUUUCGUCAGCACUCUCGUCGGCGAGAUGACGCACAAACGCGUCGACAAAGGAGAGGAACAAGUAACCGUCACCGCUGAAGGCUGCACAUGUUCCGACCUAGGAUCGGUUGUGAUGGGAGAGAUCUCACCGCACCAGGAACUCCAUGACUCGGAUCCAUCUAGCGAAUCCCCACCAAACAUCCAGGAGAUAAGAUACCAAGAAAAUAUUGAGAGGUUCUUCGCAAGCAACCCGAAGACAAAUUCGGCUGACGAACCGGCAGAGAUGAAGAUUGAUAACGACCGGACUUCGCCAGAGAACCGAGAAGAAGAGGCCAUCAAGGCCACAGCUUCGCCGCAAUCCUCCGAGGACAAGUCCGCCUCCGACUUUGCGGUGGUCGACAGCAACUACGCCAGCGCUGAAGGGAGCGGAAUGAGCGGCAUCAGAAGUGGGAGCGGCAGCGGAAGUGGAAGCGGAAGCGGAAGUGGAGGAGGCAGCGGCGGAAGUGGCUCCGGUAGUGGUGGCGGAGGCAGUGCCGGCGGCGGCCGUAGCUCAGACUCCAAACGCAAGCACUCUUCGGUCACCACGGGCGACUCCGGAAAUGAGUCCCUAACGGUCAAGGAACAGCAGAUGCGCGCCAGCAGCAGCAGCAGUAGCCGCAACGGCAGCGCUGGAGCUGCGAGCGCGGACGACAAAUACCCGCCCUGCCCGCCGCUCACCGAGGAGGUACUCCUGCAGUACAACAGGCUCGCCUACAAGCACAUGAAACAGCAUCAACUGCAGCAGCACCAGCAGCAGCACCAGCAGCAGCAUCAGCAACAGCAUCACAGCAUCAGCAACAGCAUCAGCAAGCAUCAGCAACCAGUGGUGGGUGGCGGAGGCGGUGCGGCCGCGGACAAGGACAGCCACCGGCUCAAGCGCAGCGGCUCGCCGCUCGUCAACUCGAACCUGCACAAACACAACAAGCCCAGCAGGGAUAGCAUGGCGGCCGACGGCUCGGCAUCUGUAGCCGCUGCAUCAGCGUCGCCGUUUCCUCCACUGCUGCACGCAUCGCUGGUCAGCUCGCAGCCGGACAACGUGGCUGCGUUCGUCCCCAACCUGGCCAUCCCCACUUACACCUACGUGCCGCUAGGGAGCGCGCAGUCCCCCGCCGGCACGACGCCAUUUCUCAUACCGGUGAUGUACGUGGGUGGCGUGCCGUUGUAUCCUUCGCUGCCGACGGGCGAUGGGCCGCAGUCCAAGGGCAUGUGGCAGUGCGGCGCCCUGCCGCUCAUGCCGCUGUGGCAGCAGCCACACGUUAAUGGAGGCACGGCCAGCGGACAGGAGGCGGCCAAGGCGGACGCCAAGACACCGGGAGCACCAACCGGGGCGGCCACCGAAAAGAUCUCCGACGAUGCGCUGAGGAAGCCUCUGCAAGAGCAGGCAGACAAGACGAGCGGUCCGGCGACCAUCACGGGUCUCGGCGACAACUCCGCCAACGGCGGCAGGGGUGGCGGCGGUGCCAGCGGCGGCACCGAGAUGGAGGGUUGCUCGAUGCGGCCCUUCAAACCGUACUCGACGGGGUUCGGCUCCACUUCGACAUCGGGUGGUGCCAAGGCGGACGACCGGCGCCACAGCCAGAGCACCGAGAAAGACAUGCACCAGGACGACUCCGUGUCGCUCUCCUUCGAGUCAUCCUUCUUCGAGAAGUCCGAGAACUCGGAAAGCCAGUUCUCCUCCGAGAAGUCCUCUGAGGACACGGACUCCGAGAUGAAGGACCGCCGACGCAAGCAGCCCGCACGGGCUGUGCUGCGCGAGCCGCACUGGACCGAGGGCGUCUCGCUGACGUCGGACCUGGUCUACCGGUACCAGAUGCGCGCGCCGGACGCGGCCGACGUGCUGCGCGGCGACAGGGACAAGCUGCAGCGGAUGCAGCAACCGAGGCUCGUCAACGAGCAGCUAUCCGUGCUGCAGCUCGAGUUGGAGGACGCGCUCGACGACGAACCCGGCUGCGCAGGGGACGAACCCAUGGGAGGCGCGAAGGUGGCCUCCUCGCCUUCCGUGGGGCUUGGGUCGUCGCAGACCGCGGCGGCGCUUCCGGACGCCACAGCGGAAACCGCGGCGCAGAGCUACGCCAUGUACGCCAUGGAGGAGGACGACCUCACGCAGGAGAUGGCAGUGAAAGAAGAACGCAUUCUGUCCUCAUUUGACCCUGACUUUGCUCUCGCCGACUCCGACGCUGAAUUUUGAUUGGCAAUCAUCGCGGCUCUCUGAUUGGAUCCCGCUCAUCGUGCCAGACUUUCUAGGGAUAAAGAAAAAAGAAAAGAAAAGAAAGAAGACAAGUGACAUCGCUGGCAUCUCCUCCCGCCUCCUUCUCCUCCUUGUUCAAGCAUCGCGCAGCGAACAUAACGGCUUCUCGGACGGUGAACGUUCAAGAUUCCCGUCCGCGAGCCGCGCUGCGCUCUCCAAGUGUGGUCGCACCUGUUCAUCACCUGUGUACGUCUGUCCGUAACUCUUCUGAUCAAUAAAGACCACUUA